CCUGUCUCUCUCUGCAAACCUGAAGUGAAGUAGGAAGAGGCAAUAAUGCUGGAUCAGCAAAACUGCGUUAGACUGACAAGGGCAGCUGCCAAGAAGAGGGCUGCCGAGUCGGCGGGGAUAACGGUGGAGAAUGUCUCCAACAAGAAAAGGGUUGUUUUGGGAGAGAUUUCGAAUUUAUCUAACAUUUUUUAUUCAGUGAAUAAGGUUCAAGGGAAGAAAACAACCAAAGGGAAGACGAAGACAAAGGCUGGAGUGGUAAAGCCGCUUUUGCAUGAAGCGAAAGAGAUUGCUGAAGAUGAAAAACCGGUGGAUAUUGAUGCUGUGUCUGAUGACCCACAAAUGUGUGGGUAUUAUGCAUCUGAUAUCUAUGCAUAUCUUCAUCAAAUGGAGGUGGAUCCAACAAGAAGACCUUUACCUGAUUAUAUCGAGAAGGUACAGAAGGAUAUUAGUACCAACAUGAGAGCGAUUUUGGUGGAUUGGUUGGUGGAAGUUGCCGAUGAAUACAAGCUUGUUUCAGACACUUUGUAUUUGACAGUAUCCUACAUUGAUAGAUUCUUAUCUUCAAAUGUUCUCAAUAGGCAGAGACUUCAACUAUUGGGUGUUUCUUCAAUGCUAAUUGCCUCAAAAUAUGAGGAAAUCAAUCCUCCAAAUGCGGAAGAUUUUUGUUAUAUAACAGAUAAUACAUACACAAAAGAUGAGGUGGUGAAAAUGGAGGCAGAUAUACUCAAGUCUUUGAAGUUUGAACUGGGCAAUCCUACUGUUAAAACAUUUUUGGGGAGAAUUACCAGAGUUGCACAAGAAGAUUACAAAGCUUCCAACUUGCAGCUAGAGUUCCUUGGGUGUUACCUUGCGGAAUUGAGUUUGUUGGACUAUGGAUGUGUAAAAUUUUUACCGUCCAUGGUCGCUGCUUCUGUUAUCUUCCUUACAAGAUUUAUAAUUAGACCAAAAAGGCAUCCUUGGAGCUCUGCCUUGCAACAAUACUCAGGCUACAAAGCAUCUGAUCUAAAAGACUGUGUCCUUAUCAUACAUGACUUGUAUUUGAGUAGAAGAGGAAGUGCACUUCAAGCAGUUAGAGAAAAAUACAAGCAGCAUAAGUUCAGAUGCGUGGCGACAAUGCCGGCUUCUCCAGAGAUACCAACUACAUAUUUUGAAGAUGCUCAAGAAGUUGAUAGUUCCAAGGUUGAAGAUGUACGUGUUGUGAAAGUUUGACUCGUGUGAUCGAUGGCCUGUGUUUUCUGUAAUUCAACUUCAUGGAAAAGGCAUAAAUGUGGACCAAAAGACUGGCACUUGAACCUGAUAAUCAUGAUUUGGUUGAAGGGCUCUUAGCCGAUGUGGCCAGCUUUGAUUCAAGUGGUUGAUGCUUUUGGAAAGGAUUUAUUUUUUAAGAGCCUUGGGGUUGAAUUAUGUAAAUAAUUGUGAAGUGUAUGUCAAUAUCAGGAAGCAUUGAAUACUAAAACAAA